AUGGGUGUGGUGGGAAGUCCGACUCCUCAAAGGCCGCCUAGUGCCUCGCAAGGCACCCCGAAUCACAACAUGGCCCAAGGACAGCAGUCCCAGCACUCGACUCCCCAACCUGCACCACAAAGCCAACCCCCUGCGAAUCAGCAGCAGCCGAGUGCUGCAGCGACGCCUCAGACACCGACCUUUCCCUCGAAUGCACAGAACCCCGCCGUCAACGGUGCUCCGCCUGCAGCAACCCCCCUCAGCCCAGGCUCGGCCACCAGAGAGCAGGAGAGGAUGAUGGUGCUGUUGAGCAUUAAUAAUGAGCUUCUGUAUGAGUCGAUCAGGAUGCAGCAGACGUUGCAUGAACUCAAGGAAGAUUCCGGGCCGCCAGAAGCAGGAGCUCCUCCAUCUCGGGAGGAAAUGAUGGCACAGCAAGACUACAACCAAUGCAUGCGGAGGUUGCAAGGAAAUCUGAGCUAUCUCGCUACCAUGGUUGACCGUGACCGCAAGCCUGCGACACUUCCCCCGAGCCCAGCGUAUCUGACGCCUCCACCACUGAACAUGAAAAUUCCCGUCAAGUCUCAUCCGCCCGGAGCUGACGAGGAGACCAGAGCCCUCGAACCCAUGGUGGACCGCGAACAGAGGCAGAAACUCAUGGUAGAGCUGUACACGCAGCUGCAAGGUCUUUACCCUGGUGUCGAUCCGAAGAAGGAGCCAACAUACAACAGAGCACCAGGCCAGAAGCCUGGCACGGCGCAGGCCAGUCCGGUAGUCACGCACUCGCAAGGCCCGCCGCAGACGCCCACGUCAGCUUCCGCCCCUUAG